AGAAGUUUGUUGAAGUAGCCUAUGGGUGGUGGGACUGGCGCGUGGCUAUUUUAACUCCACCAAAUCUUUGUUUGAUACGAUGGUGAGGAUCAUAAACGAAGACAGAAUGAUCUGCGUGCUGCUGAUGAGCGUUUUGGUGACGUUCGCAAAUGGGCAUCUUCCUCGCCAUCGGAGACAAGGUGGAUGUCAGCACGGGAAUUACACUCAUGAAGGGAAAACCUGCUGCAUGUGCCCCAUGGGUCACUAUGUGAGAAGCCAUUGCACCGCAGAUGACAAGCACUCUACUACAUGUGAUUGGUGCGAAACAGGAAAAACGUACACAGCAGAAGCAAAUUCUUUGAGCCGCUGCGACAUAUGCUUGGAAUGUAAUGAUAAAGCCAACCUGGUGGAGGACCGCAGCUGCACCCGUAUCAGUAAUACAGUCUGUGGCUGCGAAGAUGGAUACUUCUGUGAAGAGGACGACUGCAGAGCAUGCCAUCCCUGUAAAAGCUGUGAAACUGGAGAGGAAGUAUCUAUGCCUUGCUCAAAAGGAAAUGAUACUAUCUGCAAACCUGAAGGAACAAACCUACAUGGGGUCAUUGGUGUUGCAGUUGGAGUAGGGAUAGUUAUUGUUGCUGUUAUUGGGUACCUUACAUGGAAGAAGAAGUGGCCUUGUUUUGCAAAGAAGAAUGAUGCCGCUCCAGAGCCCAAUGAGCCUAACGGAGGGGAGCUAGAGCCACUACAAGGGAUGGACUUAAUGCCAUAUGUGAGGGACAUCGCUGAGCAUCUGCGCUUCAGUGACAUGGCCAAAGUGGCGGCCCGGACGAGGAUGCCCGAAGUCCAGAUUCAACGUCAUAGGAGUGACCAUCCCCUGGAAGAAGAAGAACAGGUUGUCAGUCUCCUUAAGGCCUGGAUCGAAUACCAAGGUCUGGAAAACGCCAGUGGAAGUCUGAUUAGGACCCUGCGCAUAUGCAAAUUAAAUGAAAAGGCCAAAACAAUUCAACGAAUCUUGACGGAAGCUAGAACUGCAGAACAACCUUGAAAUGGUGCUGUGUAGUAGAGUGUUUCAUAGGUCUGCAAAGAUGACACAACACACUGGAGACCAUUUGUUUUCUUUUAUGUUGUAAUGAAUUGUAAAAAAAAGAUUUUAUUUUUGUAUUUACCAAAUGGUUAUAGUGGAGACUUACAGUGUAUUAGGUACAGCCACCUCUGAUCUCAGGACCAACUCCCUAACCAUUGAGCCACAGCAGUCCCAAGGGUUCCAUCAUGGUGGCAGUAGGACCCCAAGGUUUCAUAAGGGCCAUUUUCACCGCAGGGCCAACUCUAGCCGCGCUGUGCCAAAUGGCACUGCAGCUGGUUUUCUCACCUACAGGGCCCAGGGGAGAAAGAGGGCUGGCGCUUGGUGCUAGGGGCCAGGAUUCCUGGCCCAAGUAAGUCCGGAUAGAGCCAGAGGCGGGCGGGGUGUAGCCAGUAGCACCAGUAAUGGCAUAAACACAACACAAGCGACUAGUGCGACAACGGCGACGGAAGUAAUUGACUUUGUAUGGAUGAGCUGGCACCAUACGUCAUCAUGAAUGAAUAUGAAUGAGUGAAUAUACCUUUAUUGCCCCGGGGGGAAUUUGUUUUGCGUUUUGGGAACACUUGAUCAUACAGACAAUUAUGACAUCAUACAAGGACAAGACUAAAAAACCAACAAAACAUACAAAGUAUUCAAAUAAAAAAUAAAAAGUCCUGGCAGAAUAGAAAUAAUUAAAUUAUAAAUCCUAUAUACAUUUAGUAUAUUAAAGUUAUUAUAUUAACUCUGUCUGAACUGAACUUGCUUCUAGGCACAAAGGAUGUUAACCCUCUAUUAGUUUUAAAAAAUGGUAACCUGUAUCUCUGUCUGUAUCUGUAUCUGUAUGUCCAGAUGGGAGGAGGGACUAUUCAAAGAAAAGGGGUUGGGAUGGAUCAUCUACUAUUUUUAAUGCCAAGCUGGUAGUGAACUCAUCAGAGAUUUGCCUGAUACUUUUAACUUCUGUUCCACCCCUCCCUGCUCUUGGAUUGGAUCCCUAUUUAGCACUUUGGGAUGAGCUUCCAUGCUGCCUUUCAGAUUGAUCGAUAGACGACUGUGCAUAGCAACAUGUGAUUUACCAGGCUACUCCUCAGUAGCACGACUGGUGACCUGGCACAUCACAAGACUACUUAAUAAUGACUUGAAAUGAAAUGAGUAGUAUACAGUAUAUCACGAAAGUGA